ACGACUACGUUAUCCAUUACUUUCAUCUUGAUUUUUUUUCAGAGAUAACAGUUCAAGGCACAAGAAUGAAUCUCAGGUCUCGACGUCAGUGUCAACUCGUUGCAUUUUGCAGUUGCCCGUUGGUUCUGAUAGCACUCGCCUACUCAUUUCUAGGAAUCAAGGGAACAGUACAUUAUAGUACAUUUCAAAUCUUGAGCGGAAAAGGCCAAGUUUCCUAUGGGAAUAAUGACAGUGCUUCAGGAAUACAAACCCCUCCUGAGGAAUAUUUUGUCAGGCCUCGGUGGGAAAAGAAAUAUUUCAUCUAUGACUGUGCCAACGGUAACUGUGGUGGUCUAGGGGACAGACAGGAAGGAAUUGUCGGUGCUUUCAUUAUUUCACAAAUGUUAAGCCGGAAGUUCAAAGUGAAGAUGUUGGUACCAUGUGAUAUCGGUAAUUUCCUCCAAGCAAACAAAGUUGACUGGAUUCUACAAAGUUCUGAAAUUAGUGACCUGAAAAGUAGCGCAUACAAGCGAAUUGACGCUGAUGCAUUUAAGCUACGAGAUAAAAUUGCAAAAUCUCUUGAUUUAGAGAAGGAAUUUCCUUCCGAUGUCACACAUUUUACUGUUAAUCAAGAAAUGGUUAACUAUCUAAAGUUACAUCCACUAUUUAAGUCUCUUCGGUGGGCACAUAAUCAGACAACAACUGACAUAUACAAUAUUGUUUUACGGCGGUUGUUUAGAAUGAAACCUGAAGUCCAGAAAAGGUUUGAUCUUUAUCAAUCUUCAGCCCGUAGCAACGGGAGGAAACUCGUGUGUGCUCAUGUGCGUGUGAGGGGGAAUCCUACAAUUCCAAAUGAUUGGUAUACUCCCACACCCUUGAACGUAAGUGUUGUUUGGAACUUCCUCCGCCAGUAUAAUAACAGCGCCCUCUAUCGGAUGUUCGUAGCCACAGACUCACAGAACGUGCGACAGGACGCAAAGAGGCUGUUUCCAGAUGUCAUUCAAGAUUUGGAGGGGAAUAUAGUUCAUGUUGAUCGUGACAAUCAUGCAAAAGAUUACGCAUGCGCGGGGUUUGGUAAAGUGAUUCUUGAUCAACAAACGAUGUCAUCAUGUGACGUAUUCUUUAUGACAGACAGCGGACUUGGACGAAUCGCAUCCAUGAUGCGAGGAACAGAUAAAGACCUGUACUGUAUGGCUAGCAAGUCCACCUACAGAAAGUGCUCUUUUAGUGAUAAAGCUUUCUUUCCACAGUUCUGGUAGGUGCCAUAGUUGCAAGUGUGUGCAUACGCCUGGUGUCUGUUGUAGGAUAGGCCCCAAAUCACACACGGCUGUACGACGAUUAUAAUAUUGUAAUCAUCAAAUGUUCCCAGGGAACACACGUCUUUAUUCACAUUACUGUAAACAUGUCCUAACGGUCUAACAUCUUCUUCAUUCUACCUUGCAACGCAUCCCCUUCGUCCGCCAUAUUCGUUCUACAUUCCUUAAGAGUUAUCCCCCCUUCACUGCCCGUACAUCAAGCUCCUCACAGCGAUAGUCCGUUCGCGGAGCUCUCUAUACUUUCGCUGCCACCAGUCAAAAUUCUCCACUGUGAUGGGUGGCCCCAACCAUUCUCCGAGCCGAAUGACCGUUAUGUUUACAAACAUGUGACGACUGUUGUGACGCCGAAUACACUUACCGCUGAUAAAUUACUUUCUUUGUUUGUCAGUUUGAAUUUAUAUAUCAUUAAA